AUGGCGGAGGAAGUGGAGGCGGUGGAUUUGGCGGUAGUGGAGGUGGAGGCCAUGGAGGCGGCGGAUUCGGAGGUGGUGGAUUUGGUGGCAGCAGCGGCGGCGGCGGCGGCGGCAGUGGCGGUGGAUACGGUGGAGGCAGUGGAGGCGGAGGCGGUGGCAGUGUUGUUGCCGGAAUUCUGUCGCACUGCAAACAGUGCAAUGAACUCGAAUACAGCCGACACUGAUCAACUCAGAGCAAUUCCGGAACCCAGUCGGAUCUGGCAACUCAGUGAAGGACGAAUCACAUGCUAUAAAUAUGCGGUCGAAGUCGAUCAAGCUACACUUGCAAUAGGUUCUUCAGAAGCAGUAAAAGAUAAAUUAAAAAAAGACAUGGCAGCUCAACGUCCGCUGGUGAUGUUGGCGGCGAUGAUGGCCAUGGUGUACAUGGCGGCGGCAAGUGGCAAUGGCGGUGGAGGAGGUGGAGGAAGUGGAGGCGGUGGAUUUGGCGGUAGUGGAGGUGGAGGCCAUGGAAGCGGCGGAUUUGGAAGUGGUGGAUUUGGUGGCAGCAGCGGCGGCGGCGGCAGUGGCGGUGGAUACGGUGGAGGCAGUGGAGGCGGAGGCGGUGGCAGUGUAGUUGCCGGAAUUCUGGUUGGCAGUGGAACUCUCUCGGGAGGAGGCGGUGGUGGUGGCGGCAGCGGCUACGGAGGCGGAAGCGGAGGCGGUUUUGGUGGAGGAAGCGGAGGCGGAUUUGGUGGGGGAAGUGGAGGUGGAUUUGGAGGACACGGAGGCGGCAGCGCAGGUGGCAGCGGUUCAGGCGGAUACGGAGGUCGCACUGCAAAGAGUGCAAUGAACUCGAAUACAGCCAAAAGUGGUCAACUAAGAGCAAUUCAGAAUCCCAGUCGAUAA